CGACGGCAUCAACCGUCAGUUUAUAUUGUUGGAUAGAUCCAAAAAGCACAUUGACAAGAAUUUGCAAGAGUUCCAACUGUUGUGUGAUGAAUUUUGUUGAAACGUGCAUUGAAGACAAGCUAAUUUGAUUGAUAUUGAGAAACGAACCGAAGAAUAGAAAUAAAUUCAGCGGCUUUUGUGUGUAAAUUUUAUUUCAGUAUUGCUCGGUGCACAUAAAUAAACAAAAUUACAAGUUUUGUGUUUAAAAAGAAAACCAAACUUUUGCACUCCCAAAAGCAUAUACUUACUUGGUACUUAAAACAAAAACUUAAAAAAAAGAAUUCCAUGAGCUGGAAAAUUUUCUCGUGUAAAGCAAAUACUUUGAGUUAUUUGUAUAAGAUUUAAGUUGUAUUUAUGGAAAAUAUUUUUUUAGUAAAAUAAUUUUUUAUUAAUUUUAUGAAAGAAAGUGUCAGAUAAAAGUGCACGAAACAGCUUAAACAUUAUCCGUUCGAAAUGGUACUCAGCGGAGCUGGUUUGAUGCUAUGCUCCAUAUUUACAUUGUAUUUUGGAGGCUAUCCUCAGAUCUAUUCACCUGCACCCCGAGGUGACUGUGAUAAUUGCUGUCCCAUCCGUGAGCCCAAAGAUAUUCAAUUCCUCUUAUAUACUAGGUCCAAUCCGAAAACAGCCUACCAACUAUUUUUAUCUGAUGCAGCGCGCUUAAACUCGUCUCAUCUGAAUACAUCACAUCCGUUAAAACUGUAUUUGCAUGGAUUUUCAGAACGGGCUGAAGGAGGUAAAGGACAAAGUGGACAUGAGAUACGUGAUGCAUUUUUAGAAACCGGAGAUUUUAAUGUUAUAUUGGUGGAUUGGUCGCCACUGACUGCUCUUCCAUGGUAUUCAAGUGCUGUACGCAACGGACCGAAAGUAGCCCGAUAUGUGGCCAGAUUCUUACGAUUUUUGGUGAAAUCGGGUGUUCCAAUGGAAAGUAUACAUGUAAUUGGUUUCAGUCUCGGUGCUGAAGUGGCUGGCUUUAUCGGUAAAACGAUGAAAGAGUGGGAUAUGUUUCUUCCGCGUGUGACAGGGCUAGAUCCAGCGUUUCCGUUAUAUAAUGGUGGAAGUUCGACCCGUUUAAGCUCGUCGGAUGCAAAGUUCGUUGACGUUAUCCACACCGAUGGCGGUCUGUUUGGUUACCCGUGGGUUUUAGGUCAUGCUGAUUUUUUCCCGAAUGGGGGAGUACCACUCCAACCCGGUUGUGCAUCACAAGAGAUUGCCAAAAAUCGUUGGCUAGGUAUAAUAUUUGGUUGUAGCCAUCAAAGAGCCUGGGAAUAUUUUGUUGAAUCGAUUCGACGACCGAAUUCGUUUUUGGCAUCGCGCUGUGAACCCAGUGACAGCAAUAAUUCAAUAAACAAUUGUGAUAGGAAAAUGAAAGCCUUCAUGGGGAUGAAUGCUAAUGACAAAUUGCGCGGAAAAUUUUACUUGGAAACGAAUAGUCAACCGCCCUUUGGAAACAACUAUCAUGCUUGACACGAAAACUAUUCGUGUGAUUGUUUGUUGUUUGUAAAAUUGUCUUGUCAAAACAAAAAGCUUUCUGUGGUAAUAUUUUAAUGAAAACGAUAUUUUUAAGAAAUAAAAUCGAAUUAAAUUUA